CCAGCGUAGAGCAAGAGCGGCGCGAUGAUGACGGAGCCGGCGCACAGGGCCGCGGCCUGCUGCCCCCCGAGGGGCGGCCACGCCUCUGCUCCCUGCCGGCGCCGCCUGAGCGAAGGCGGACUGACGCCGCAUGUCCUCCGCGGGGCGGGAGCUCCACGCCGCCGGCCCGGGGGACGCCCUGCCCGCCCAGCGCCCCGCCUCGGCCGCCCCUUGUGCGGCGCCGGGGACCGCGGGCGAGAGGCCGGCCUCGACGCUGCCCCCGGAGCCGCAGGGCUGGACCCUCGGCGCCCGCGAACCGCCCCGGAGGCCGCCCGGAGCGCCGCGCCCGGAGGAACAGCAGCAGCAGCAGCAGGAGAUGCGGGGCGGCGGCUUAGGGAGGCCGGGCUGGUGCGAGGGAGGCCCGAGGCUGCCCACCUGCGGAGCGAAGGGGCGGCCGGGAGAGAAGGAGUUUCAGCCAAUCCAGACGGGGAGAGAACAUGUUGCAAGCCCUUCCUGCCUUGAAAUGAAAGACUUACUGCAGAAUCUAGAAGACAGUCCAGUAAAAGUGCCAGUAGCAUCUGAGAAGCCAUGCGGGCUCCCGAAUGAAGAAGCUCCAGGUAUGAAGGCUGAUGGGACCGGGCUAUGUUGUAACACGGGAGAGCCCAGGCCCCAAGCGAGGACAGGUGCGCUGCUUGAGGCCAGUCCGUGCUCAGGUGGAGUUGCAGUUUCAGGAAGUAAGCGCUUAAUCUCUCCAGAGCCUCUCAGUCCUGCCUCGGCCAGAGAAGAUGAAGAAGUCCCGGCCUCUGCCCGGCAGACGGAGGGAGAGGUGAUUCAGGAUCCAGGCCCAGAAACGAAGGCCGUUUGUAACAGCCGUCCAUCCGUUCAGCAAGGAGCGUUUGGUCCGCCCGGUAACCCCGGCCUUGCUCUGGCUUUGGAUGUUGGCCCAAGAGGCGCGCGGCUUGAAGGCCGGGCUUUGCAAUGCAGCUCAUUGGGAAGGACCUCUCCGGGGGACUGCAUGGAUCUCUCUGAGGUGGCCUGUGAGGUGCAAGAGGGAACCUUCAAGAGCGAUCCGAGCCGUGGACAGAUGGAGGAUCUGGGAGAAGCCACUGAGCCGCAAAUGGCUGAGGCUCCGCUGCAGGCAGGGAGCCCUGGCAGAGAGCUGUCCAACAACGAGCCCCAGGGGAAUGGCAGCAUGGAUCUUUUUUCCAGCCCUGCGCAUAAGGGAAUGAUUGGAAUCCAGAAAGGGUCCGCUGGGCCCAGCUGUUGGAAAGGAGAGCGAGAACAUUUGCCUUCCAAACGCAGCAUGUUUCUAAGUCCAGCCGAAGAGCUUGUGGCGCCAAAAGACCCAGACCGGCAUUCCGACAUCGGCCGCUUCUCCCUUUGUGAUGGUGUCCAAGCAGCCCUUGAAGGUGACCCAAGAGUGAGCUCUUCAGAGGCCGGCAGCAUCCCAGAGGAUAAAAGUUCUUCUCUCCGCCAUGAGAAAUGUGUCACGUUGGGACAGAGAAACGGAGCUCUUCUGUCGAAAAGGCAUCACUUGGGGUCCUUUCAGAACAGUUGCAGUAUAAAGUAUGUUUCUACGUUUCUCAGCUGCUGGGCUCCUCAGCUGGACUUGGGGGGAAAUGGCUUGCCCCUCCGAGCGGACAGUCCGAGGACGGCCUUCCUGCUCUGCGGCUCAGCUCUGCCUCAGUGGGCUACCCGUUCUUUCUGUGUGCUUGCUGAUGAAAAAAGCCUUAACGUCCUUCAACUCCGUGGCCCAUCUCCAUUUGCCCAGAAGGCUGACCCAGGCCCGGGUCACGGAGGGCCCAUGGACAGCCUGUCUUCAGGGGGAGUCAUUGUGAGGCAAAACCCCGGGGCCCGGCCUCAUCACAAGGAAGCAUUUGCUCCAAGUCAAGCCAGUGGCAGGCUGCCGGCAGUAAUGAAUGAAGGGGCCUGGGAGAUGGUUGGAUGGGUGCUGAGAGGGGCAGAAAAUGUGGAGGUUGCCAUGGAAGCCUUCUGGGGAAAAACACUCCGUUUGAGGGUCCAGGCGGUGAGCGAUCUUCCUUCUGCUCCAGAGGAGGUCUACGCCCUGGCAAGAAAUCUCUUCUUAGACUGCAGACGUCUACAAGAAAGCAGAAGAGCGGCAGCCACCAAAAUAGCUUUCAGCUUGGGAAUAAGCCCAGCCCUUUUGGAGUCCAGCGGGAGAGUCAUUUCUCUCCCCCCAAAAUUCAGUUGCUCUCCCUACAGAAAUAACUGGGUGGGCUUGGGUAGGGCAGGAAGACCCUUGAAUUCAGUCCGUCCCCUGGAAGUUCCCUGCUCUAGUCUGUCGCAGGCAGAAGCUGAAAAGUGGAGUAUUAAUGGUGGAGAUGCUUUUGGUGGUUCAGAAAGUAUUCUGGAGGGGAAGGGUAAUAUUCUUCCUCCCUAUGGAGGAGUAGAAGUCCACAAAGCUUCACAUGCAGCUGAUGCUGGCGGAAUGAAAGCAGGAAAUGCAACAGGUUGUAGCAAUACUAGACUCUCUCUUCGGCGUGCGUUUGAUGGAGGCUUGAGCAAAACUCCCCUUCUUUGUAGAGCCACUUUUAGAAAAGGUCAGUGCCUAGAAGAACAAGAAAAAUGCCGGGGUCACCCCUCUUCCCCAGCAAGUAAUCUCUCUCGUUUAAACAGAAAAGACUCUUCUUUAUGUACUAAAUGUUCAGCUCUGCAGAGGGAACCCAUUUAUCAGAUGAAAAUAUUUCUUCAUCCCUGUUAUUCCCUUGAUAGUUGCACCUUGUUUGAGCAGAAAGAUGAUUCACCAAAGACAGAGUUUCUAGAAUGCCAGCAGCCUUCCUUAAUUUUCUACAAGAAACUAAAUUAUCAUGAUUUGCAAACUGUGAUCCGUUCGGUGAUAAAAUACGUCCGGUGUAAUAAAAAUAAAUCAUUGCAUUCAAAGAGGGAGCUAAAGGUAACCCCAUCAGCUACGACUGCACUUUUAACAGAAUAUCAUCAAGGUCCAUUUCACAAAAUCAUCACGGAAUCCUCCAAUAAUAACACGGGGUCAGAAUUUACUGGCCAUCUACCGAAUGAAGACUUAUUAGAAUCACAAAGUCCCAGGACUCUUUCCGGGAGCUCUGCUUCCGAAUCACUGAACCCGAGUGAUUCUGUGAAGAAUUGGGCUCCUCGGUCAGAGACCCACGAUCUCCAUCCUGCCUCUGAAUCAAUCCACAAAAGGCCAUCAGGGAAGUUCAAUUUCGAAAAAGGAUUAUUGUCUGCCAGUAACUUGGCUUCAUCUCCUUUUCAGACAGGCCCUGCUGCAACUUCUCCCCAAAUUAAAGGACAGGCAAGAACGAAAGGGCUACUUCUAAAAUCCUUCAGAAAAAGAAAAAUGCCGAGCUUGCUAUCUGCAGGCUUAGGCUCCCAGUUUCCUCAGAAUAAAAAAACGUGCCUAUUUCCCAAAGAGCCCGCAUUAGCGUCCCCUUCUCACGGCUCUCCUCUUGCCCAGCGGCACUGCCGAGCGUCCCUCCCGCGUGAAAGAGAAGCCGGCUUGGAAAGCGAAAGGGUGAGCAGCUCCCCCGGACGAGAUGCGGCUGCAGCCGGCUCUCUGCUUAGCAGGAGGACGUGCCAGCACUGCAAGGGUCCCAGAGUAGAAGCGGUUGUAUCGCUGUACCCUCUCGAGCAGCCCUUGGAAGAUUUGGAAGCUGACCCGAGAGAGGCCGGCCGGACAGCUGGGACGAUGGACGGAUUUCCAGUUCGCAUUCUUUCUGACACGGAGGUGUCUUCAGAAGCCCUCCUGGGAAAUUUACCGCUUCCUCUCAGGGGUGGGAAGGUCACAUUCCCAUUCAGGGCUACGAUACACGCAGGACUCGCUCUUGGCUUACCUGAGGACUUUUUGGAAUCUGAUUCCGGGAAAGCCAAAGAUUCCCCAGAGCCCCCGGUUACGUGGCGGCAGGUAGAGAGCCCGAGUUGUGCGCUGCGGGUUGAACUUUUCCUUCCCUUAAGGAAACCAGCAGUGCCAUCCUCAUCCUCAUCUGGCCUAGAAGGUGGGAACUUCGCAGGCUUCCCGACCUGGCCCAGCGUGAAAGAAGGACGUCCGCUGAGGGCAGAGAGGGCCCAGGGGCUGGCAGGAGGCCCAAGGGAAGGACGGGAAGGGCACUUGGUGGAUGAGCAUCGGAGGAGGGGAGAUUCUGAAGCGGGGGCUCAGCCGCCAGCCCCAAAGGAGAAGCCCCCAGUGGGAAGAAGGCUUGCCCUUGGACAGCCUGCAGGCGACUCCUCCGGUGAGAAUGCUGAGGGUCCGGGAGAGCUUGCACGGAGCGUUUGGGCUUCCCUAGGAAGGGCUGGGCGGAAGAGGCAGCAGCAGGAACCCCCUGCCCACGUGCAAAGGGAAUCCAAAAGGCAAAAGAGAGGUCAGGGGGUGUGUGGAGAGCCGGCAAGCCUGAACCUUCCCUUCUGGAACCGUUGCCGGCAGGCCUGCUGGUCCAGCUCCGUUGGAGUUUUUGGCCCCUUCCCUCUGGCUGUUGGCUGUGAUCAGAGCAGAAGCCCUGGCGUCUUUGGGUAUUUGCACCUGCAAAGGCCUUUUCCAGCCUUCGGGAAACUGUCCGGAGCAGCCUGCAUAAAAGCUGGCAUGUCACGCCGGCUCAGGGCACCCAAACCUCUGGCAUCCAAGAGGGAGCUUGUUUCUUCUGCACAAUCAGCCACUGAGCCGGCAGCCCCACAGCCUGUCCUUUGGGACCUCCCGGUGAAGCAGCAGGGCCACCCGAGCAGCUCUCGGGCCGUCUCCUGGCUCGCCGGGCAGCCCAAAGACGCUGCCUUGUUGACGAGGCUCUCCCGGUUAGCUGAGGAAUUGCUGUCCCCCGCCUGCCGUCCCUUCCUGCCUCGCAGGGCGCUGCUUCCUUCAGCUGCCAAGUGGAGCCCGCGGAGGAGGAGGAGGAGGAAGAGGAGGCUGCUGGAAAUCUUCUCCCUUGUCAGCUUAAAGUUGAGCUCCCCUCUGUGGCUCAGCAGCUGCUGCUUCAAGAUGGCCGGCUCCCAGGCUCUGCCCGUUUAUUCCGUCGAGUCGACAGUCCUCUGCUUCUUCGAGCUGAGCAGCAACCCUUCCUGCCGGUGCAGCCCUCCCAGCGUUUCCCCUUUGCCUUUCCAUCACCAAAUGGACAUUGGGCCCCCCGGGGAGCUCCCCAAGGCAGGGUCCCCGAGCCUCGUCCCCGUAUUUCCUCGGAGGGGCCCGCAGCCUCAGCCACCCUCCGCGUGGAGCCUCUUUUUCCUUCUGCCUCAAGGCUGCCCAGAUGCCAUGCUGAUCCAGAAAGAUGCUGAGCCCGGUUCCGCCUCGGCCCGCAAGGCGGGAGAGGCCGUUGCUCGCAGUCCGGGCUGCCCAACUCCCGGCCUCCCUUCGGCCUUAGCUUUGUUUUCCCCCGGCUGCUACCGUGCUUGGACCAGGAGAAGACGACACCCCAGCGGCCGAACCCCGGCGGCCCAGCGGCUGAGCCUGCUGCACUUUGCUCGGAGCUUCAAGGGGCUCCAGGAUUGCGCUUCUGUGCCAGCCGGCCUCUUCUCGGCCUUGCCCUCUUUGCUGGGCAGCGUCCUGUCCACCUGGAGCCAGCAGAGACCGUCCGUCCAUCUGUCCGAAUCCACUCCUCUGCAUUCCAGUCCCAGCAAGGGACCACCAGCCCUCCCUGCAAUGGCCAGCCUGAGCCACAGAACCAGCCCCAGCUCGCCUCCCCUGGUGCCUGGCCUGCCAAGUGAUCCUUCCAGGGCUGUGAAGAACGACGUGAGGUUGGAAUCCAUCUUGUCUGUGCUGUUGCCAACGUCUUGCCAAGGUCCUGAACCGGCUCACCCUCCUUUAGGAUUUCCAGCUCUUGGAUCUGGAGACGGACACGAAGCUUCUGUCCCGGCGUUGCCUAAGGCUGGAGCUCAGCUUGCAAAAGACAAGUCGGAGAACAGGCCAAAGAAGGUGUCUCAGAUCCGCAUUCGGAAGACGAUUCCUAAGCCAGACCCCAACCUCACCCCCAUGGGGCUUCCCAGACCAAAGAGGUUAAAGAAGACCGAAUUCAGCUUGGAGGAAAUCUACACCAACCAGAAUUACAAAUCUCCCCCAGCAACCAGGUGCCUGGAAACCAUUUUUGAAGAGCCAAAAGAGAAAAAUGGGUCUUUAAUCUCUAUCAGCCAGCAGAAGAGAAAACGGAUUUUGGAGUUCCAGGAUUUCACCGUUCCCCGGAAGAGGAGGGCUCGUAGCAGAGUGCGAGUGACGGGCGGCUCCACGCGGGCGCAGAAGGCGGCCGUAGAAGGAAGGGAGCUUGACGUCCUCCUCAUUCAGAAACUGGCCGACCUGGAGACCUUCUUUGCCAAGGAGGAGACCCAGGAACAAGCUUCCCCGCGUAGCUGAGGUUGGGUCGAUCGGCUGGAAGAGCGUGUGGCGCUUCAGAGACCUGGUGUGCCUGGAAGGGGAACCGCCUUUUCCCAAGGUUGGACCAACCUCCCUGACUGAACCCUAUAGUGAUAUUUUCCUACAGGUUGGAGGAGAAUAAUUAAUUUCUGUUAACCUGAUGAAACAGCCCUUUCUUUAGCCUCCCUUGUCAAAAGGUAUUAACGCCUGUGUGGGGGUUUUCGUUUAAAAAGGCUAAGAAUGUAGGGCAGAACAAAGGCUACAGCACCUUCGGAGACAUUAGGAUUGUAAGGACUUCCCAAAGUUAGCCAUGGGCUGCUCCUCUGGGUCUUCAACCCUGGUAACGUGGCAGCCAGGACGAAGGAUUUUUAAGGUUUUCGUUUCGUUUGUUUCUAGCAAAGUUCCUUAGUUUGCAUCGUUGGGCAGCAGGACCCCCUGUGUCCAUCGGCCAGCACGUUUUUCCUCAAAGAAGAGAAGCUGUGCGCGACCUCCAAGUUGUGUUCCGUGGCAGACACACCUAGUUGUGGCACUUGGUUUGUUUUGCUGCCUGGGGACCCAGCGCAGAGCUUCGCCUCCAGUUCCUGCGUUGGGAGGUACAGGAUCCCGAGGAAGUGGCUUUACUCUGCUCCGCCUUCACCGCAGUCGGUUCUCUUUCUGUUAUUUCUUGGAAUUGGGGCUAGCGAAUUUGUCGUAGGAGAUUUUAAUUGGGAUGCGAUGCCAGAAUGCCAGUUGACACCUCAACAGCCCUUCAUUUUUUUGCAUGUGUUCCUUCUACCACCUCGGCCAUCGCUCAGCACCUCUCAUUCGUCCCUCUUUCUUGAUUGUGACUUGGUUUGGGUCCCUCGUGGAGUGAACUGUACACGUGCAACACAAGCAGCUGGUUGGGAGCCUGAGUAGCAGCUGUUGCUGGAUUCCAGUGGAAGUAGCAGCUGUGCAACGCCACCCGGGGGGGGGGGGGGAUGUUAGACGUGUACUUUUCCUUGGGGGUGCUUGGGAGAUUUUAAACCUUUACCUUCAACGAACAUUUUACAAUGAUGAUCGACAGCUGCUCGCUGUCUAUAAUAGUGCCUGUAACUUGAGCCAGGGUCAAUGGCUGAAUUGUUCAAAGGGUUUGCCUUUUGCUUCCUCUCAUCUAAAAUUUGCACUUUUGGUACGUUCGGGCUCAUGUGGACGCUUCCUAUUCCCUGGGGGAUGGGGGGGGCAAAU